AUGCCAAACUUUGACGAUGUAUCACACACACCACACUAUAGACCACAGUUGGACUAUCCUGUGUCGGUGAUCCAGAAUCUCACAGUUCUGCUGAAAGAUGGAGAAACGACGGCCACGAUAUAUCCGAUCACUUCUCCUGAUGAGUUACCUCAGGGUCUGCUUUCGUUCCUGUGUGAGGAGUUCAAUAUGGAGAUCGAAAAGGGUGAGACCUUCCCCUUUUUUGAUACUCUGAUGCUGGAAGCAUUUCAAAACUACUGGUUUGGAUCAUUUGCUGCAGUUAUGGUGUUGGGAUCCGCCCCGCAGUUGGACAGACCUAGACAGUGGGAAAAGGAAUGCCUGGGAACGUUUUUCGUCAAGCCAAAUUACCCCGGUAGAUGUUCUCAUAUCUGCAACGCUGGCUUUUUGGUGAAUGCUGGUAUUCGGGGAAAGGGAAUUGGUACGACUUUGGCGGAGUGUUACUUGGAAUGGGCCCCUAGGCUUGGGUACACAUACUCUGUGUUCAACUUGGUGUUCGAGACCAACAUUGCUUCCAGAAGGAUAUGGGAAAACCUUCAUUUCAGACGCAUCGGAAGAAUCAAGGCAGCUGGUAUUUUGAAGGGGCAUGAUGACGCCGUCGAUGCUCUGAUGUACGGUAGGGAAUUGGUUCCUGACAAUGACACGGAUGUCGGCACCUACAGGUUCGACAAGAUCAAGUACUAUCUGGAGACUGGAAAGUACCCACCUAUGGCAGACAGACAGGAAAAGUCCAGACUGAGAUCGUCGGCAUCUCACUAUAGGCUGCAAGAUGGCAAGUUGCUGUUAAAGGGCAAAGAAGUUAUCUCAGACCCUCGAAGACAAUUGGAGAUCUGUACCGAGAUUCAUUUACAGGGACACAUUGGGAUCAACAAGACCACUUCGACUGCUUCUGAAAAGUACCAUUGGACUAGGAUCAAGGAUACGGCCUCUUUGGCCAUCAGAAACUGUACGGAGUGUCGUGAUCCAGCUAAGGUGUCUGUCUCGAUGAAAGGAAGAUCGCUUCCUGCUAUCAAGAAAGCACACAUUCUCCAAGAGAAUCUUUUGCGGUCACCAAGGAAAAUGCAAAGAACUGACGAUGGCGUUACUUCAAGAGGACCUCAAGAUGUCCAGGCGAUGGUGGCUGUUGCUGCCGCUGCCCAACUGCACAAUCUACCCUCCAACCAAAUGGACCGUCAACAUUCUCAUGACAACGUGGACACUUCAAUCUUGACGGGCGAGUUAGGAUUGGAUGAUCCCGGUAUUAUGGCUGCUGUUGAGAUGGUAGAGCGCCAUUCGAACAACCAGCAUCACACGCAACAGUAUGGCGGCCACAACAACGCAGAACAGCAGUAUACCAACUAUCAGCAGUACUCUGCCCAGCAACACCCCCAUGACAACGGUUCACGUCACCAUCACCAUCACCAUCGCAGGAACAGUGAUCAGAGCGACAUACCAGUUGAUCCUCAAGUUGCCAAUGCGUUUGAUGAUGAACAUGGCGGAUCUGAGAUGGAGAUUGCGCGGGCCUUGAUCCAGGCAAACGAGAACAACGACGGCGAUACCAACGACAAUUCGAACAUAUUUCAAUAA